CUUUUCGGAGGUGUGGGUUCGAAUCCCACUGCUGCCAUUUACCUAUUGCUGGAAGUCUUUUCAUAAGUCCUUGUCAUAAAACUUAAAACGGAAUGUAUUCAACGUGGUAUUGCUAACAAAGUAGCCGACAAAACUAACCACCUCCUGAUUAAUGUGUCUAGUUUUGCUUUGCAUUGUGGGCACGGCCUGUAUCCCACAUGUGUGAGCAUCCGAUUCAACAUGGUAGUCCUCACUUCAUGUGUGGUAGCCCGACUUCGACUGCACUUUCCGGGACUGGCGACACGACGAUGAGUUAGCUACACCCGUUCGGCAGCGUGUACAGGUGGAAUCUGCUGCUACGCAUCCUGUUAUCACUAAAACAUGGCCAGCGGGGAUGACAAUGACCCCGUUAUUGAGGAGAUUGAUGUGUAUCUUGCCAAAAGCCUGGCAGAAAAGCUUUAUCUAUUGCAGUACCCUGUGCGACCGUCCACUAUGACCUACGACAACGUGGAACAUUUAGCUGCGAAGAUCAAACCCAAGCAGCAGAGGGUGGAGCUGCAGAUGGCCAUGAACACUACGAGCCCAAACUACUGUCGCAGUAAGGGCGAGCAGAUAGCCCUCAAUGUGGACGGCACCACCUACGAGGAAAGCAACACGUAUUCGGUGAAAAUGAUGGACAAGCAGACGUUCUCGUCCAUCCAGGCUACCACCAACACCUCCAGAUAUGCUGCUGCUGUGUUCCGGAAAGGUGAGCUUCAUGUGACACCGCUGACUGGAAUCCUGCAGAUGAGGCCCAGCUUUGCGUACUUGGACAAGGCCGACAACAAAACCAGAGAGCGAGAGGCGGCCAACGAAGGUGGAGACUCCUCGCAGGAUGAAGCUGAGGAGGAAGCCAAGACCAUUUCGGUGAGGUUUGCUCGUCCCGAGUCGGAGCAGGCGCGGCAGAAGAGGAUCCAAUCGUACGAGUUCCUUCAGAAGAAGCAGGCAGAGGAGCCUUGGAUCCAACUGCAGUACCACGGCGUGAAGGAUGGGCGCUCAGAGCAUGAAAGGCAGUAUUUGUUCUGCCAGUGUGCGGAUGCAUCCCAAAACUCUGAGCUGGUUAAAACUCCCAAGGAGUAUCUAUCAAUGCUGAUGCCCCCUCUAACAGAGGAAAAAGUUGUGAAACCCGUCGGUCCCAGCAACGUGCUCUCCAUGGCCCAACUGCGCACUCUGCCACUGGGAGAGCAAAUCAAGACUCUGAUGAAAAACGUCAAAGCCAUUCAGUUUGCCAACCUAAUGGGUCUGCUCGCCUCUGGCACCGACUCCACCGCCGUGCUGCGCUGCAUCCAGCAGGUGGCGCUGCUGGUCCAGGGCAACUGGGUGGUGAAGAGUGACGUCCUGUACCCCAAAAACACAUGCAGCCCUCACAGUGGGGUCCCGGCCGAGGUUCUGUGUCGAGGACGCGACUUUAUUAUGUGGCGGUUCACUAUGGAGCGUUCCUUGAUGAGGAAGGAGGUUGCGGCCAUGAUCAAACUUCCUCCGGAGGACGUGAAGGAGUUCCUGGAGCAAGUGGCGGUGCCGCGCGUCAACCGCGGCUGGGAGUUCCUGCUGCCCGCCGACGUGGACUUCGUCAAGAAGCAUUCCGACGUUGCCCACCGGCAGCAGAUGCUGUGGCUCGGCAUACAGAGCAAGUUAGAGAAGGUCUUCAGCUUCUCAAAGGACGACUUUCUGUCAAAGAACUGCCAGCAUCCUGAGGUUGUCCAUGUGGGUGGAAACCAGCGCCUGAAGGUGGCCCAGGAGCGCGCUCAGGAGAAGCAUACCGCUCUACAAAAGGAACUAGAUGCCAAGCGCGCCGCAAGCAUCCACAUCAAACAGGAGCCCCUCAUCGACCUUGAGGACGAGCGCAUGGACACUUCCUGUCCUCCUCCACCGCCGCCCUCCUCCUCGGGCGUCCCAAACGGUUCCCUCAAUGGCUACCCCACCGCCGCUGUGGAGUGCGCCAACGGGGGCAGCCCCUCCAACGUGCCCUCCCAGGAGCUGCUGGACUUUGUAAGCUCCACCUUCAGGAAGAACCAUGUCCUGACGCUGAACGAGCUCAAGAGGCUCUUCAGCCUCCAUGUGGCGUCUAUGCCGGCUGGACGCAUUCCCUUCGGACCCGUAUCGGACCACCUGCUGCAGGACGCUGUGCUGCUCAGCCACUGCAAGCAGAUCAUGGUGCCUUUCCCCGCUCUGACCACAGCUUCUGCCGACGAACAGAAGGUGUUUGGCUUGUGGGAGACCGGAGAGGACUUUGACAAGCAUCGUCGUCUGCUCUAUGAGCUUUUCAGCAAAAAUUACCGUGUGAGGAGGACCGUGGUCCAAGCCCGACUCACUGAAGAGUUUGGGAACGCAUCGAAGGCAGACGUUGACCGUUUGCUUAAGGAGUGCUGCAGCAGCAGCGCAGGCAUGUGGUACCUGAAAGGAACCAUCCAGUCCUGACACACACAGCCCGCCCCCUAGGGGCACCCACAGCCAAUCAGUGUCCCGAUGGAGGGCGGUCGAGAUGAGUCACAGCCCGUCGAAGCAGUGAGGGUGACUGGUCGAGGACGUCAGCCCACCUGUUCAGAAGAGGUUUGACUGAGGAGCUUUGCUACUUUUUGCUUUUGAAGGAACUUUUAGCAGGAUGGUGUUCCACAAUGAAGACCACACUGCACAUUUUGUAACAUCUGACAUGUUUUGACAACGGUUUGCACGUACUGCAUCUAGGAAAAAACUAAGCCUAACCAUGACAACGUAAAACAAACACUUCUACUACGAACACAUCUACAUACCCUACAUAGAACUACAAUAACAAAAAUGGCACAUCAAGUCCAUUCUGAAAUUAAGUUUGCUUUGUUGGAAUGUUCAUGACUUUUUCUUUAAGAGCAACGUGGAUUCAAAAACAAUCCAAUUAAAGACUAAAUAAAAGGAUACCUUUUCUUUGAUCACAUUUUCAUCAAUUCACUUUUACUGCUAUAGCUCUAUCCAAAACUACAGCUCUAUAAAAAAAAAAAAAAUUAUAUCUCCAGUUGCACAUCUAUAUAUAUCUAAACUGAUUUAUGGAUCUAUAUUUAUAGCUGCAAUUCUCUAUAAUAUAUAAGUGGUGUGAAAAAGUGUUUGCCCCCUUCCUGAUUUCUUUUUUUGCCUUUUUAAAAACAAAUUAUUUGUCCUUUAUUUAACCAGGAGAACCUCAUUGAGAUUAAAAAUCUCUUUUUCAAGAGUGUCCUGGCCAAGAGGCAGCACAAUUUGCAAGUUACAUUAGACAUUCUUACACACAAUAAAAAAAUAAAACAAUAACAAUACAAGGUAAUAAAAUUAAUCAGGCAAAUAUUUGUCACACUUAAAUGUUUCAGAUCAUUAAACAAAUUUGAAUAUUAGUCAAUGACAACACGACUGAACACAAAAUGCAGUCUUUAAAUGAAACUAUUAAGGGAGGAAUAAAAUUAAAUAAACCUACAAAUAAACCUAAAUAAACCUGGUUGGGCUACUCUUUGCAGCAACAACUGCAAGCAAGCGUUUGCAAUAACUUGUAAUGAGUCUCUUACAGCGCUGUGGAGGAGAACUAUAUUAUACAGAGCACACGAGGGGACAUGGAGGAAAAAAAUAAUUUUUGCGUUUCUAAACUAUGUGAAGCUACUUAAACUAUACAUCACAAACAGGAAGUCAUGCUCUUAAUCUGUUACACUUACGACAGCAUUUCUCAGAUUCAGUGGCCAUUAUCAGCUGUUAAACCUCAACGGUGACACUGUUCUGUCGAAAUUAGAAAUAAGCAUCAUGUGACUGUAUUCAUCAGAGAGCCAGUGAAUUAUGAUGCUAAAAGUGUGUCUUUCAAAACACUGAUAAAAAGUAUUAAAUUAUGAUUGCAAUCAUGGUGACUUGUUUAUUACCCAUGUGACAUAACUAUGAUUGCAUUAUAUGAUACUAGGUGGUUGCACAAAGUAAACAAGUGGUAAAUCUAGUAGACGAGAGAAAGUUUUACGACAACAAGUGAUAAGAGAAGACCGUAGAGACCACUGGUAUCUAACAUUAUUGUUCGUAAAUUACAACGGUGUUUAGCCUUGAUGAGUAAUUUGAUGCUAUUCCUCUGUAAUUCAAAGGUUAGCAAUCUAACCUGUUCUCUAAGUAGUUGAGUGAAAUAAAACUUUUGGACUAACAGACACUUGACAACUGACAGACAUUUUGAUCAGGAAUUAGAUUACCGGUACCGUAAUUUCCGGUGUAAAAGCCGCUACUUUUUUCUCAAACUUGAACCCUGCUGCUUAUACAGCUUAUAAAAUGUGGUCAUGUUCUCAUCUCGUAUACUUCCGAACUAUUACUAAUAGUUUUAAUAUGUAUUUCAGAAAACUCUAUUACGAAGAUAGUCCAUAAGGCAAAAGGUUCAGGAAACAACCAAAAAAAUGCGGAGAAGCCACCAUUCUUGGGGUUUGCUAACCUUGUCGCUCUCGUUGAGUGGAGCAGGGGUGUGCAUGCACACAUUGCAGUUUACAGUGAGGAAAACGUGGAAAACAGCGACGUUACGAUCAGUCAACCGAGAAAUGUAGUUAAACUAGUAACACCGCUACCCCACACUGUGUAUUGGAGAAAAGUCAGCAAAACUGCCAUUGGUCCUUCACAGUACAUCCCUGACACCCUCUGGCUUCACCUCACAGGACACAACUAGCUUGCCACCUCCAGUCACAAAUCACCACCUAACUUAAUACGAGUAUUUACCUCUUUUUGGUCAGGAUUUUUUCUUUUUUUAUUAGGUUUAGGUGUUGAGAGACAAUGAAAAAUUGUUGUCUGCCCUCCUUUUAGUGCUCUUUUCAUUUUUCCGCGGUUCUGCUGUCUGCAUCCAUGCAAACAUCCAGCAAAUAGUGAACAUUGGGUAGAGAAAGCAUUACCGGAUGCCUAAACAUGCUACUGUUUUGCUGGCAAAUGGUAUAAACAAUGAAAAUCAAGAAGAUAUUAAUGCAAGAUAAUGGAUAUUUUUAUUAAAUCGGAAUGAUGUGGUUAUAUUC